AACUUUUAGUUCAAAUUUUUAGUUUCAUUAAAAUAUGGCUAUAAUAAUGUCAUCGGACUCUGACGAAACAUCACCACAAAGUUCUCCCGUAAUCGUUGACUACACGGCUUCGGCACCUAAUUCUCCGCUUUCCUCUAAUGUGUCGACACUUAACAACAAAUCGUUGAAUAUUAAAGAAAAAAUUGGCAAUUCUUCGGCUAUUAAAACAAGUUAUGUUUCGACCAAAAGUGAACUCAACGACAAUAAUCACAUAACUAAGCCUUCGAUACCAUUUUCCAUCACUAGUAUUCUUAACAGAGAAGAUCCCGUCUCUAAGCAAACCAAACAAGACUCCAACAUAUUAUCCGAAAAUCAAGUGUUUCGUUAUUGUCAACCAUCACUUGACUCUUCAAUAAUAUCUACACUAUCAUCAUCUAUACUACCAACCCGACCGGCAUCUAUAGUAACAGUAUCUGCAAACUCAUUAAUGCCAGCUGUAUUGGCAUCGAGUAAUCAAAUACCACAAAAGCCUACUCCUUGGUAUCCCUGGGCGGUUACCCCGGGUUUAGUUAGUAGUACUCCAAUCAUUAAUACAAAUACACAUCAUUUGCUUUUUAAUAAAGAUUUGGUGUUUAACCAACGAAGCGUUUCUCUUACCAAUAAUAAUGAAUCGAUUGCAACGAUUAGCAACAAAAUUAAUGUCAAUUAUAUGGAGAGAAGUGACAGCAGAUCUAUGGCCUCGAGUCCUAUGUCUCCCUGUGUCGGACACUGCAAUAUCUCUCAUUCAGAUCAUGGAGAAGACAUAGACAUGGAUGAUGAUAACCAAUCAGAUAGUGGUUCUGAAAAAGAUAUGGAUGAGGAUAAAAACAAAUUAAAUGGUCACCUAAUACACAAAGAUUCAAACAUUCAGAACAAUAAUAAUGGCAUUAAUGGUAACAGAAGAAAAAAGAAGACCAGAACUGUAUUUACCAGAAGUCAAGUAUUUCAGUUGGAGUCGACAUUUGAUAUGAAGAGAUAUUUGUCGAGUUCAGAGCGGGCAGGACUCGCAGCAUCUCUUCAUUUAACUGAAACUCAGGUGAAAAUAUGGUUUCAGAAUCGAAGAAACAAAUGGAAGCGUCAGUUGGCAGCCGAGUUGGAGGCGGCGAAUAUGGCUCACGCGGCCGCUCAACGUAUACGUGCCGUUCCUAUACUAUAUCACACAACUGGACAUUCAGCACAUCAUCACCACAACACUCACGAAUCAGCACUUAAUACCAAUCCCUCUUCAGUCACCAGUUCUAGUCUAAGUAGUUCGGGUCACGCGGACAAUGCGACCGCUUCAUUACAGGCCGCACUUUCAUCAUAUUAUUACCAUCCGUCACAUCAUACAUCUUCGGCACCAUUCAUAUCAAGCGCAUCGCACGUCAAUUCGGUAGUGGCCUCGGCAUCGGUGGCCACCAAUGCAUCCGCUUUACGCACACCAACCAUAUCGGGUUUGGUUUGAUUUUAGUUUAUAUAAUAUAUUAUAGAAUCU